UAAGGCAACUUGUUCAUGAUGAAUGCUCUACGCUUUCUUCAAAUCUAUUUUUGAGGAAAAGCUAGGUAAGUAAGGUUUCUAUUAGGGAAAAGGAUUAGAUGCGAUAAUAAUCGCCUUUUAAGCAACUUUACUUCCAGAAAAGCAUCUCCCAUUUUUGCCUACCAGCUCUCCUUGUUUCAACGCUUUAAUCUCUGUUUUACCUUACUCUGCCUCCGCCAAGCUCCAUUGCCGGAUCGAAGGAAUCGAUUGUUGCUCUCCCUGUGUUUCUCACUGUACGUUUUCUACAAUUGCUUUUUCUGUGCUGCAAAUGCAGCACAUAAAGGCAAAUUCUCAUCUUUUAUGCAACUCAUGUGAUAGAGAGUUAGGGUUUAUUAGGCGUAAUAUUAAUGUCGCACAAUUUCUUUACUGUGACGAAUGUGUCAAAGCUCAGAAAUUUCACCCUGACCAUGAAUUCUUACAAACCUGGGACAAAGAUGUAUUCCUUCAACCUUUCGCCGAUCUCUCAUUGGAAGGAAGCGAUGGAGGAAUUUUGAGGGCACAUAAAGCCGUUAUGGCAGGGAAGUCCAAAGUUUUCAAGACGAUGCUGAGGGCAGGAAUGCCCGAGUCUGUUUGCGGUAAAGCGAAAAUAUCAGAUAUGACAGUUGAAGAAUUGCGUCCGUUAAUUAAUUUUUUGUAUACAGGCAGAGUAAAUCAAAGAAGCUUGGAAUGUCAUAGCGUUGCACUUUACAGGGCUUCUCAUAAGUAUGAUCUGCCUCUUUUGACGGCCAUAUGUGAACGAUUUCUUGAAAGUAAUGUGUUUAGAGAUAUUCGUGGAGUUUUCGAGCUUGCUGUAGAUCAUGAUGUGGAAAAAUUUCAGGAAGCUGUGUUGCCUUUUAUUUUCAGCGAAGGUUUUGUGGAGAGCAACCCUCCCGCUUUAGUAUUGAAAACAGUGCGAACGGCUUCCAAGUUCGACUGCUUUGCCGAGUACCGAAAGAAGAAUUUUAAGGAAGUUUCUUUUUUAAUGGAGCUCGCCAUAUAUCGCAUUGCAGAUCAUCUCGACGGUCCACACAAGGGGGCGGAAGAACUAAACGAAGUGGUGUCGUAAUCUCUUUGGCCGACUUGGAAGACUUCUACUUCAGAGAUUAGUAUAAAUAAAGGAUGAUGGUAAUGAAGAACAUAUAGAAGCAAGUGGAAUGAAAAGAAGAUCUAUCUCCUAUUGAUGCAAAUUUGUUUGAGGUUGUGUGUGAAAGUGUGGUUGAGCAGUGUGGUUGUGUGUUGAUGCUGUUUAGUACCAGGGGCAGUGAGCCAAAAGUUUCUUUCGACAUUGCAGCUGAGUGACAAUUGUGCUUCAGUGGUGGAUUCUUUCUUUUUCUUUCUUUCUUCUUCUAAGCAGUGAGCCCCUCUCUUUUUCUGGCAGUUUUAGGUGGGUAGUGAGCCCACCUGCAGUGAACAUUCUGGUAGUUAGCCACCCCUUGUAAAAAUCACCUUAACUGGUGUCACCAUAACAGGUGUUUCAUAAUCAAGAAUUGGCAUUCUCUGU